AUGAGAACAUUGUUUGUGAUCGCUUUGCUGUUUCUCAGCAGUUGUUUGUAUUUGUGUGAUGCCCAGUAUGGGGGUGGAGGUGGCAGCCGUGUGGGAGGUGGAGGCGGUGGUGGACGCCUAGGAGGUGGCGGCGGAGGUCCCAUUGGCGGAGGUGGUGGCGGUCCUUAUGGUGGAGGUGGUGGCGGUCCCUAUGGCGGAGGUGGUGGCGGUCCUUAUGGCGGAGGUGGUGGCGGACCCUAUGGUGGUGGCGGCGGCGGACGUUUUGGUGGAGGAGGUGGCGGUGGAGGUUAUGGCCGUUAA